CGGAACAAGACACACAAAUAGAGACUUCAGCGAUGGAGGAAGUUGACAAAAUUUUGAUUCACGCCCUCAAACAAGUUGGCACGGAUGUGAGUGAAGAGAUUGACAGUGUCAAACAGUUCAGCAGUGAGCUCAUAGUGGAGGCGGUGGUCAGAUGCAUCCGGGUGAUUGAUCCCAGCCUGGGCAGUGCACUGGCCACCUCCCUUCCUCCAGGCAUGUCUGCCCGCUUCAGAGUGGGCAUGAGCCUGGCACAGGCCUGUCAGGACAUUGGUUAUAAAGGAGAGAUUGGUUACCAGACUUUUCUGUACAGCAGUGAGCCAGAGAUACGCGCCCUGCUCAUGUGCCUAGUGGAGAAGCUGCCUAGAGAGACUACCGAAGCGUCAGACCAGCCAACAGGUAAAUCAGUGGCCCUCCAGAGAGCCAUUGCUACUGCAAUCAAAGCCCAGCUGGCUGUCCCCUGGCUGCCUAUUAACUGCAGACUCCCACUCUACAGUGAAACACAAAGUCCAGGAGCAUUGCACAGCUUCCAUGUUCAGCCCCUCCGUUUACCACACUGCACUAAAGGGCCAGGAAAGAAGCAACUGAAAGAAGUAAAGGACUACCAGCAGGACGUCCUUCUUCCUGUGACCGCGCAGACUUUCCAUCAUGCAUCUGUGGUGGCAUCCAUACUGGAGCAGCAUACCGCUGAGCUGAGCGCUGCUCAGGAGUGGGACAACGAGUGGAAUAGUCAGGGACUCCUGUCUCGCCUCACUCCACAGGAGUACCGGUCAAGGAAACUGACCCGACUGCAAAAACGCAUUGUGGAACAGCUGCGUUCUAAUGCACUGCCCUCUCCUGAAAGUGCCCCCGGUGGUCCUCGCUCAACCUCUGAAUUGCGUGAGCUACUGCAGGCCUUCAGAGGCUCUGCCCCCUCUGACCACAUCCUGACCAAGGGCACCCACUUCACUCAUAUAAAGAAGUUCACCUUCACACAGGACUCUGCAACAGUAACCAGCUCCAUCCCCUCUGGGCAUCAGUCAGAGGGUGAUAUCCAGCAGGAGGAGCUUGCUUCAUUCAAGCUGCAAUUCCAGCAGCUCUGCAGUGAUGUCAACCAACUAACAGCAGACAUGAAGCACAUGAGUAUCACUAAUACACAGGUGUUGGAUGAGUUGAAGCAAAGAGUACUGGGGAACUCUGAAAAAGAGGAGAAAAUGCAGGUUAAGAAGAAAACAAUCAAUCUGUUGCCAGAUCCAGACAACAACAUGCUGAAGCUUCAGGCUUUGGUGGAGGCCAGUGUCAAGCGGGUGGUAAGCCUGGCCACUCAAUGGGAGAAACACCGUGCUCCACUUAUCAACGAGCACCGCAGACUCAAAGAAAUCUGCAGCAACCAGGACCUGGAGUCGUCCAGAAAACUGUCUGAAAUCAAGUAUCUGCAUGACAAAAUCCGUGUGUCUACAGAGGAGGCCAGAAAGAAGGAAGAAAUAUACAAACAGCUGGUCAUAGAGUUAGAAAAUCUUCCUCAGGAUGUGUCUCGGUCAGCAUAUACUCAAAGGAUUCUAGAGAUUGUCAGCAACAUCAAGAAACAGAAGGAGGAAAUUACAAAGAUACUGUCAGACACUAAGGACCUCCAGAAAGAGAUCAACAACCUGACAGGAAAGCUGGACAGAACCUUCGCUGUGACUGAUGAGCUGGUCUUCAAGGAUGCCAAAAAAGAUGAAUCUGUCCGCAAAGCAUACAAGUACCUGGCUGCUCUACAUGAAAAUUGUAAUCAGUUGAUCCAAACCAUCGAGGACACGGGUACAAUUUUGAGAGAGAUUCGAGAUCUAGAGGAGCAGAUUGAGACAGAAAACGGGAACAAAACUGUGGCUAACCUGGAGAGGAUUCUGGAUGACUACAAGGCUAUUCGACAGGAGAACUCUGUACUCGCUGCCAAAGUCAGAGAAGGCUGAAGGUAGUCCUGGUUUGCUCUGGUCUGCCUGCUGAGGCUGAAGUUGUAGUAAAAAACUGGAGCCAUAAAUGUACCUGGAUUGGACUUAAAGAGUACUUCAGGUUUCACACUUAAGAGACUGCUGUUCAUGAACAUUGCCCUCUGUUGCCAUUGGAGAACUGCUUUUCUUUAGAAGGGCAAGGUGAUGUGAACCAUGGAAAGUUUUCUGGUAAUUUUAAGCACAACUUGUAUGGAUGGAUGUUUUUCAUUUCAAACUGAUAUCUGUGGCUUGACACGCUGGUGUUAUCCGACCUCUUAAUGUUUUCAUAAUAUCUCUUUAUUAAAUGUUUUUUAAGACAUGAAUGGUUAAAUUAGACAGACAUUGGCAGUUCCUUUGUUGUCAUGAUUAUAUUUGAACUGAAUAUGUUGUGUGUAUGGCAUUUGAAUGUAGUCCAAUAUAAUGUUGUCCAGCCCCAUCAGCAUUGUCAGUAUUAUAUAUAUGGUACCAGUGUAAAUAAAGAUGCCUUACAAACCUGA